UUAGUUGAAUGUAAACCAGUGUAUCGGAUAGACUACCGUGCUAUAUGGAUUUUACUUCUGUGCUGUAAAAAAGAUACUUUUUGGGGACGGAUUUAUUAUAGCGUGUCUAAUCAUUCUGUUUUAAUAUAUGUGAAGUUUUACAUACAUAUAUUUGAUCAAUUUAAAUCCAAUCAGUUUGAAUUGUUUUAAUUUUGUUUUAUGUAAAUACACGCAAAAUAUAUAAUAAAAUUGGAUUAAAGAAAAGAAAAAUGUGAUUUUUCGAAAAAGAUGAGAAAAGAAAAUACAAAAUAUAAGAUAUAUAUUUUCACAGAAAAAUUUCGUGCAAAGUUUUAGUUUGUCAGAAAUUUGUCAGCUUCAGAUGUGAUUUUCAAAGGAAUUAUUUCGUGAAUUAUAAUUAUUUAUAUAAUUGUUCUUGAAAAUACUUCACAAUGGGCACGCUAGCCCCAAAGACACCUUGGAUUUACCUUGGAUUAAUUACUGUGUGUCUAGUGAGCAUUGUCAAUGGUGUCGCAUGUCCGCACGAGUGUACGUGCACGCGGAGUCGAAUGGAUUGUUCAUUCAAGAAACUGAAAAGUGUUCCAUCAAAUAUACCAGUCUCUAUUAAAAAAUUGGAUUUACAGGGUAAUGAAAUAACAACUAUCAAAGAAACAGAUUUUAAAAAUCUUCGUCGAUUGCGGAGCUUAAAUCUUAUGAAAAAUCAAAUUGAAACGAUAGAGAAGAGUUCAUUUCAAGACCUUGUUAAUAUGAAGCGAUUACGUUUGGAUCGUAACAAAUUAAGACAAGUACCCGAUCUUCUAUUUGCAAAUAUGCCACAGCUACAGCGACUAGAUUUGAGUUUCAACAAAAUAAAAAGAAUAGGAAGACGAACAUUAAAAGGCUCGAAAGUUUUAAAGAAUUUACAACUGGAUCAUAAUGAAAUAUCGUGUAUAUCUGACGCUACGAUCUCAAACCUGCAAGAAAUGAUUUACUUAACUUUAAACAAUAAUAACUUAACUUCUUUGCCAGAAAAUCUUUUUACCGGAAUGACAAGAUUAAAAGUUUUGAGAUUACGGGAGAACAAGUUUAACUGCGAUUGUCACCUUACCUGGUUAUCAAGGUGGCUGCGACCUAGAAAACGUUUAGCGAAACAUCUCACGUGUUAUGGGCCCGUCAACUUCCGGGGAAAACUGUUCAGCAGAAUUCAAGACCAAGAUCUGAAAUGCAAUGAUGUUGAUACAUCCUCUUCACAAUGCGAGGAAGAUUCCAUUUGUCCAGAGGAAUGCACGUGCACGGGUUCCUUCGUAGACUGCCGAGACCGAGGUUUGACUGAAAUACCCGAGGUUCUUCCGAUUGAUGCUACUGAAUUACGGAUAGAGCAAAACAAAAUUACAAGAAUACGAGCGGGCAGCUUUGAAAACAUGCAUAGACUGAGAAGAAUUGAUAUAAGCAAUAACGAAAUUGUUGUAAUAGACUCUGAAGCAUUUGCUGGGCUUUCAUCUUUGAAUACACUGGUAAUCUACGGGAACAAGAUAACCGAACUCCCACUUAACGUAUUUGACGGUCUGUCAUCUCUGCAACUUUUGUUAUUGAAUAGAAACAAAAUUUCAUGUGUUCCAGUCGAGACGUUCAAAGAUCUCACAAGUCUAAAUUUGUUAUCUUUGUAUGACAAUAAAAUCGAAUCGCUUGCAAACGACACUUUCUCACCACUGAUCAAUUUACAAACACUACAUUUGGGACGAAACCCUUUCAUCUGUGACUGCAACCUUGCAUGGUUGUCGGACUAUCUUGAGGCGAACCCAAUAGAGACCAGCGGGGCCCGAUGUGUCAGACCUAAACGGAUGGAGCGGAAAAAAUUAAGUGGCACAAAAUCAUCUAAGUUCAAAUGUAAAGGUACAGAGGAGUAUCGUACCAGGAAUGCCGGAAGUUGUACCAUUGAUAACACAUGCCCACUCAAGUGUGACUGUUCUGGUACCACAGUUGAUUGUUCCUCAAGACGUCUGACGUCAGUGCCGACUAAUCUCCCAUCAUACAUCACACAGCUAAACCUUAAAGACAACCAGAUAUCAAAGCUUUCGCAAGGUGCAUUUAGCGAACUACCAAACUUGCAGAUUCUAGAUCUGAGUGACAACCUCCUUGAAAUUAUUGAAGACAACACAUUUGGAUCAUUAGAAAAGCUGGUAGAACUAAACCUUGCAAACAACCGAUUGGACAAAGUUUCUGGAAGAAUGAUGGCUGGACUGAUAGGAGUGCACCAUAUAUCGCUGACUGGUAACCGAUUGACAUGCAUUAGUAACGCUACAUUCCGAGACACAGUCAAUCUGAGGAAACUAGAUCUGUUUGGGAACCAGAUAGGGUGCAUUCAGGAGGGUGCUUUUGACAGAACAACAGAACUGUCUUCAUUGAAUCUGAUGUCAAACCCAUUCUCGUGUAACUGCCAUCUCAAGUGGUUUUCCAAAUGGUUAAAAUCACAUAACGUUUUGGUUGGAAGUCUUACGUGUUAUUUCCCGCGCAAAAUGCGCGACACGCCAUUUUUGGACGUUGAUCCCGAAGAAAUGAUAUGUGAAGAGAACAACGAGAUUGGCUGUAAUGUAGGAAUCCCACCAUGUUGUUCGGAUCAACCGGCAGGAGAUUUAAUCCAAAGAAAUUGCGAUCCACGUGUGCAUUGUCCAGACAAGUGCACAUGUACCGGAACUGUUGUUAGAUGUAGCCGGAAGGACCUGAAAAAUAUUCCAAAAGGCAUACCACUAGAUACAACAGAACUAUACCUUGACGACAAUGGUAUAGAAGAGGUCGAGAGUUCAUCAGAUGACAUUGUCAGUGAAAUAGGCAGACUCACGCAGCUGACCCGCCUGGACCUGAGUAACAAUCAGAUUAUGAGCCUGCCUCCGAAGCUGUUUGCUAAUUUGACACAUCUGUCAACAUUAAUCAUGAGUUACAACAAAUUGCAAUGUGUUGCUGAUACAACAUUUAGUGGAUUGAACGAACUCAGAAUUUUGUCCCUUCAUGGAAACAACAUGUCAUCCAUUCCUUAUGGUACCUUCGAUGAUUUAACAUCUCUCACACAUCUGGCACUAGGUGGAAAUCCAUUGUAUUGCGACUGUGGAUUGAAGUGGCUGUCAGACUGGGUGAAGAAGAAGUAUGUAGAAUCGGGCAUUGCUGCAUGUGUCGGUCCAGACAGUAUGGUGAACAAACUGAUGUUGACUACACCUUCUAGCUAUUUUGAAUGCAAUAGCGAACCGGACCCCGAAGUACAGGCUAAAUGUAACGUAUGUUACCGGAAUCCAUGCCAGAAUCGCGGAGUCUGUACAGCCCUUGGAUUCAGAAACUUCAAAUGUGACUGCACACCUGGUUUCCAUGGCAAGAGAUGUGAAGAGGAAAUAAAUGCGUGUUUCGGCAACCCCUGCCAUAACAACGGCAUCUGUAAAAUCAAAGACCGCAAGAAUCUCUUUGGUAGUUUUAUGUGUGUAUGUUUGCCUGGAUUUGAGGGGGAACGCUGCGAAGUAAACAUUGACGAUUGUAAAUCACAUACUUGUCAAAACGGAGGCACAUGUGUUGAUGGUGUACAAACUUACACGUGUCAGUGCACGCCGGGAUACACGGGUGAAAAGUGUGCCGACAAAAUAGAAUUCUGCACUGAACAAUAUAACUUCUGUGAGAGAGGAAAGUGUAUUGAUCUAUCUACUGACUACAGGUGCGAGUGUCCAGCCGGCUACGCGGACAAGAACUGUAGUACAAACAUUGAUGAGUGUGCGGACAAUAUCUGCCAGCAUGGAUCAACAUGCGUAGACGAGGUGAACUCGUACAGUUGUCUCUGCAAACGUGGCUACACUGGCAAGUUCUGUGAAAUAUCACCAGUGGACAUUGAUCUGCCCAUUCCAGAAGCAGGAUUAUGUGAGAACCAUGAAUGUCAAAACAACGGCGUGUGUUACCAGGAAAGCAAAUCGUCUGACUAUACGUGCAAGUGUGUAGCCGGUUUUAUUGGCAAGAAGUGUGAGAAGCUGGCUAGCCUCGCUUUUAUGGCUGUUGACUCCUACAUUCAGUUACCGAAAUUCAAUUUCCAGGCGUUUUCAAAUAUCACUAUAGUUAUGAAGACGAACUCGAGCUCGGGACUAUUGAUGUACACUGGUGUGGAGGAGCAUUUGGCGAUAGAGCUGUAUAAAGGACGGGUUGCCGUCAGUUUUUACGUCGGAAAAGAGCACAUCCCGUCACAAUUUAGCUACAUGUUCAGUUUUACUAAAGUUGAUGAUGAGAAAUUUCACACCAUUGAACUCCUAGUGAGUCAAAGAAACUUCACAAUGCGGGUCGAUAAUGGUUACCCCAGGACAGUAAUAAAUGAAGGCGCCCAUCAAUACCUAGAUGUGAGUGAUGACAUGUUUCUUGGCGGCGUGCCAAGACAUAUCAGCACCAGAGCUGAAAGAAAAUUCCACAUACGCGAUGGGUCAAGUUUCAAAGGCUGUUUUUCACAAGUGCUUAUAAACGGAAAACCUCUUGAUUUUAUGGUUACAAAACGCAAUCACAAAAUGACACCAGGAUGCAGUAAUCCAGAUCCGUGUAAAAAUCAUAAAUGUUUAAAUCGAGGAAAGUGCAGAGCUAACCCGGGUGGUGAAGAUUACUCGUGCCGUUGCCGUGCAGGGUACGGAGGUCGUCACUGCGAAUUAGGUGAAUAUCCGUCAGAUAGUAGCUAUAUCUCAACGUGCAAGGGUACAGUUUUUAAGGAUAUAUAUGUGGAUCCAAAGACGAAUUGUCGCACAAGACGAAAGUUGAAAUAUCGCAGGUGUGAGGGGACUUGCCAUUCUGAUUGCUGUAGUCCUAGCAGAAUAAAAAACAGAAAAGUACGACUUUAUUGCACAGACAAUACUAGUUACAUUUAUGAGCUUCCUAUAAUCCGGAAGUGCGGUUGUAAACGGUGUUGAAUGAAAAUAACACAAAUGUGAUAAUUGGUUAAAGUUAUGCACUUUAGUGUCAGUGUGUCAUUGUGUUUGGAAGACUAAAGGUUUCUCCAUUAGUUUCGAACUCUUAAAGAAGACGCUAACUUAGUGCUUCGGUUAUUUCGGAAAUGUGCAAAUGGCAAUAAUCACUUAAUCAUUUUAUAGAAACAUGAAUAAAGAAUGUGUAAAGCAAGAUACCAAUUAUUCAAGUGAAUGCAAGAAUAUGUAACGCAAAAGACUAAUAAUUGUUCAUAAAGAAACACGUGAAAUGCAAGGAUAUGUAAACCAGGAGACUAAUUAUUCAUAAAGAAACAUGUAAAUAUAAGAAUAUAUAAAGAAAUAGACUAAUUAUUCAUAAAGAAACACGUGAAUGCAAGAAUAUGUAAAGCAAGAGUACUAAUUAUUCAUAGAGACACACUCGAAUGCAAGAAUAUGUAAUACAAAAGACUAAUCAUUCAUGAAGAAACGUGUGAAUGCAAGAAUAUGUUAAGUGACAAACUGUAGAAAAGUAUUCUAAAUUAUUUUGGAAAAGAAUUAUUGACAGAGAAGUCUGAAACUACAAAACGUCUUAGAUUCAUGAAAUGAACGUUGUAGAGAAAUAAAAGGUUAAACAAGCAUAUCCUUGUUUAUAUGUAUACGUAUACAGAGUUGAAGUUUAUAUAGUGACUCUAUCGUUCAUAACAACGAGAAUUUUAUGGGGGAUUAGCUGUGUCAAAUAAUGUGGAAAGAGUUAUCUUCGAAGAACAAAGGAAGAUAACGAACUAACUGACUCACAAUAUGUGAAAUAACUCUUUACGGAUACGGAACGUGUGAGAAAAAUAACUAUUUUCGGAUACGGAAGAGAAAGACAUACACGUGUGAGAAAAAUAACUAUUUUCGGAUACGGAAGAGAGAAGCAUACACGUUUGAGCUAAAGGGUGUAUAUGACUGACUCGAAGUUUUAUGGGACUUUGAAUCUUUUUAUUUCAAGCACUGUAAAUUAUAUAUUUCAACGUAUUUAUGUUUAAUCUUGUACAUAGAAACUAUAUUGAUAUUUUCGAAGAUGAAAAGAUACUGUUUAUUUUUGUUGUACAAACUUUUGUUUACUAAAUGAGAUCUGAAUAGAAAUUGACUUUUACUUUACAUAUUUAUGACUUUUAAAAGUAAAAACUUAUUUUUUUCUUCCAUGUAAUGUCAAAAACGUUUUAUUAAUCUUUUAGCAACGUUAACGCUAAGCAAUGUAUUUGAAAUUUCAAAGUUAAAUACGAUAGAAUUAUAUAUACUUUUUGAAUUCAUUACUAGUACGGAUUGUAUAAAUAUUACGAAUAUUAACAGUGAGUUUUUAGCUACAGCAGCGAAUUUUGAGUAAGUAAUUGUUAAUUUUUAUACAGAUGUAUUGAGAAACAUGAUACCUCGAUCAUAUUUCGCUCGUUUUACGCAUGAAAACUGCCAUAAUGAAAUAUUUGAGAAAGCAUACAUGUUUGUCACUUAAAAACCAUUAUUAUUGUAGUUCAUUUUGAGAAUUUACUUUGUCGUUGGACUGUUCCACUUUCGCUAUUUUCCGCCUAAGAAAAAUAACUACCCCAGUAACAAUGUUUCACACGUAAUGUCCUAUAAAACUAUAUUAUUUAUACAAAGUACCCUAGUACAAUAAAUGAUUGGAACCUAAUUUUGUCUAUAUAAUAUAUUUUUUGCGUAUGUUGCAUCAAUGUCUGGAUUAUUAAAACCUUACAAUAUCAAUAAUAAACGACUUAAUCAGGUGACGUAUCACAUUUAAGAAUAGAUGCUACCCUGACCAAUCGAACACUCGAUUUUACUCCUAUACAAACGAAAUAGUUUGAAUAGCUACUGAAUUCGGAAUGGAAAUGAUCAGAAACUUGCAGCAUGAAUAAUAACCUUAUUUCAGCAUGUUUUAAAGGUAAAUUAGGUCAACGUUACCUUGGAAAACCCAUGGGAAACCCGUGUCAUAUCAUCGAAGAUUUUGAUUUUAAGUAAAUAGCAAGUCCAUGUGUUCAUCGUUUCUGGCUUUGAGAAAUAUAGUGUGCAUAUUUUUAUUCUUGUACAAAUUUAAACGCGAAGCUCAGAACUAUAUGUUAAGAUUAUUGACUUCUUAGAGAUAUUGCUUUUAAGAUUUUUUUGUAAAAUCAAGUCCAAAAUGUGUAAGUAUUUUGUGUAAUUUAAUAUUCGUUGUUUUGUGGAUAGCUUUUUGAGAUCGUCAGUUUGUAAAGUAAUCAUUAAGUAACGCUAAGCCUGCGUGAUAUUUGUUUAGACCGGCUUUGAGAUAUUUUAAAUAUUUUGAAUUGAACACGAUGCUUCGUAUUGUUUUUUUUUAAUCUUCGUUGUUAUUGUGGCAAUGGAUUUCUGACUUUUAGGAAUUCCAUCUAACCCUCUCUUGUUCCUUAACCUUUAGCCUGCUGACGGCAAGUGAUUCUGCCUUUGCGACCAGUGCAGACCAAUAUCAGCCUGCACAUCCGUGCAGUCUGAUCAUGGUCUGCACUGUUCGCCUUUUUGGUAUGCACCCCUUUAACAGUUAAUGGUACUGUCCAAAUUGAAAGAUGGACAAGUUCAUUAUAGAAAUUUAGCAGGGUAAGGGUUGAAUGAUUGUUUUAAAUGGAUCAUAUUCUUUACUUUGUUGGUCAUCAUCUUAGAAAACAAACGCAUUUUUCAGUCACGUUUAUUUUCAAAACCUGCUUUCGUUUGGCUGUGAUGUGUUUAUUAACAUAUUUAUUAGGCUUAUAGAUAUACACCGGACCGUCCCUGUUACUUUUACUGGCAUCAGAGCUGAUUUUCUAACCCUAAGCCUUGUAUCGCGAGAAUUUUGCGUGUGCUUGUCUCCCUUUUAAUCAAAUAAGAUCAUUUAUUGUUUUAAAUAAUUUGAAGGUAUGCCAUUUAAUUUAUGUUUCUUUUAUUGACAUCCUUGCAAUGUGCUUUUAUGGUUCCGUAACAAUGUAUUUUAGUCUUGUUUUCCACAGGCCAGUAUUUGGAAAAUCACCCAGAUUCAUGGCACCAUUUGUGACCAAAUUCAGUUUUUAGUGUUUUAAAACCUGGUAGUUUAUUUUCAUUUCGUCAUACAUGUAUUUGUGUAAAUGUUUUCAUAUUAAAAUGUUAUACAAGAUGCUAAUUUAAUGAAAGUCCUAAACUCACACCACAGCACCAUACAAGUGAUUUUACAAUAAAUAUUUUAUUUAUUUCAUAAACGUAUCAUUUAUUACAAACAAGUGAAUAGGUGACAAAGUGUUUUUUUUUUUUUAUUAAAACUGUCCUUUUACCCAAAUAUAUUUUCAAUAAUAAAUAUUUGUUUAUAUAAGCGAGCAUAUUUAUAUGAAGUUUUCUGGUACUGAGAGAUGUAUACUUCAUUUCUUGAUCAUUAAGACGUGAAUGUUUCAUAUAUUAAAUGUUUACUGUUUA